GGCCGCUUCAGCUUCACUUCAUAUGAUGAUGAACCAGGCUAACGAGAGCUAGCCGCCUUGUUUCUCGUCAUUUUACUGGACAUUUUACGCGGAAACAGACACUCUUUCGUCCUGAAACUUGGCAACAACCGCGAAGACAUGCUCACGGCUGCCGUUCGGAGAACGACAUCCGCGUAGACGUUCUUUAAUGUCAGCAGUCACAAUGCCCCGACGACGGUAGCGCCAUCGUCGAUGAGGGAUGUGGAUGGGAAAGCUCUUGCUACUCAAUAACUUCUACUACGAGACGUCUCUUGGUAACGCCGUGGAGCGGUGCGACUGUUCCCGUCCCGUCACGUCAUGUCUCUGCCAAACGAAUCGGGAAACCGAGGGAAGGACCGAGAGAGGGGUGCCCGACCUAAGGUGAGACAGAGCCGGUCAGAGGAAAGGCGGGACUCGGGCGGAGCUCGUAAAGGUGGAAAGGGGAAGAAAAAAGGCGGCGCCUGCCACGAACCCGCGGCAGAGCGGCCCGUCAGUGACGGCUUUGAGUACGGGGAGCUGUUGAAUGAGCUGGAGUCCGGGGACCGAUCCUCUACCUCUCCUCUGAAGGAGAGUUGGAGAUGGCAGGGUAUGGAAGUGGCCUCCUCUCUGCCAGGACAGGAGCGGCUGACGACCAGACCAGGACUGGGAACUGUAGGUGAGUCGCCUGCACCGAGUGAAGGCGACGGCAGAGGCUCGAGCAGCAAUCGUACUCUCCGGCAAAAAAUCCAGGAUGCGAUGGGUCAGUGUUUCCCGAUAAAGACACACAGCACAGCGACGGCGGCAGCAGCAGCUGUAGCUCCACCUCCAGCUCCGCCUCCACAGGAUCUCACACCAGUAGCUGCCGGUGCUUCUGCCUCCUCUAAGCGCAAAAUCCAUCUGAGCGAGCUGAUGCUGGACGACUGUCCUUUUCCCGUGGGAUCAGAGCUCGCUCAGAAAUGGAAUCUCAUUAAGCAGCACACGGCGCCCAUUACCCAGCCUCCUUUGCUGGAUUCGGCAGUCGUGUGCAGUGCCCCGACUUCAGCCAUGGCGACCGUGGUGGAGGACGUGGACGACAAGUUGCGGGAGCGCAGGCGCAUCAGCAUCGAACAAGGCGUCGAGCCACCGCCCAACGCUGAGAUCCACACGUUCGAGGUGACGGCGCAAAUUAACCCUCUGUACAAACACGGACCUAAACUGGCUCAUGGUAUGAACGAGCUGUCGGGUUCUGACAGAACGACCGCUCAGCAGCAGCAGCAGCUGCUUCUCCAGAGACAGCAGCAGCACCAGCUCCUGCUCCAGAGCUGUCUGGACACUCUGGAUGAGGUCGUGGCCUCGGCGUCCGCCCACACCAGCGAUCCUGUCCCCGACCUUCAGGUCGCCCCGGAGGUCGUGGCGACCAACAUGCCCUCCAAAGCCGCGCUCCCCACGACCGAGCAUCACAAAUCCCACGACGGAUACCGCAUUCACACGCAGAUCGAUUACAUUCACUGUCUGGUCCCAGACCUGCUGCGGAUCACCAACCUGCCGUGUUACUGGGGCGUCAUGGACCGCUACGAGGCCGAGAGGCUGCUGGAGGGGAAACCCGAGGGCACCUUCCUGCUGAGGGAUUCCGCCCAGGAAGAUUACCUCUUCUCCGUCAGCUUCCGGCGCUACGGCCGCUCGCUGCACGCGCGCAUCGAGCAGUGGAACCACAACUUCAGCUUCGACGUGCACGACCCCAGCGUGUUCCACGCGUCCACGGUGACGGGCCUGCUCGAGCACUACAAGGACCCCAACUCGUGCAUGUUCUUCGAGCCGCUGCUGUCCAACCCCAUCCACCGCACGCAGCCGUUCAGCCUGCAGCACGUGUGCAGAGCGGUCGUCAGCAGCUGCACCACCUACGACGGCAUCAACAUGCUUCCCAUUCCAAACGCUUUGAAAAAGCACCUGAAAGAAUAUCACUACAAACAGAGGGUGCGUGUACGGAGGAUGGACACGUGGUGGGAAUGAAGGAGAAGAACCACAGAUAAAUACACUACUGUGCAAAGGUUUUUGGUCACUAGCGCUGCAGGUAAACUGCAAGCAAUGUUUUUUUAAAGUUGUUGGUCCAAAAAAUGAUUUCUUUGUUAUAUGAGACAAAGAAACCAGAAAAUAUUCACAUUUAAGAAGCUGAAAAAUCAGAAAACACAUUAGAAUAGUUGGCAUUUCAUUUAGUAAUUGAUUAAAUAUCAAUUAAUCAUUGCAGCCCUAUUGAUCAUCUUUUAGUUUUGUUGUUUUUUACAGUUUUUAUUAGAAUAGAACCAGAAAAUACAGGAAAUAUGCAUGAGGGGAGAAAAGCAAAUAGAUGCGUCUCAUAAACAACACAUUAGCCCCAAUGUGAACUUUUUAACCAAGAAACAGCACAGAUGUGGCGACAUGUUUUUAAAGCAAAUAUUUAUCACUUUGACCAGUGAAUGUGAACAAAGGCUUUAUUUCAAUCAUGUGAACAUAAUACAGUUACAAAAAGAUGAAAUAAGACAAUCAAAAUUCAGUCACGAGGAAAAACCAGUCCAGCCUCAGGUUUGGUGCGACUCCGUCUGUACGUCCUGUCGUCUUCAGACAAACGGACUUAAACUAAAUCCAAAGCUACGACACGUGACUGCGACGGUGAAGACAUAGAAUAUCAUGUUUGUUACCAAGGAGAUCAAUAUUUUACAGUAAAAAUACAGCUUUACAUGAUUAUAUUUAAUGAUGAUAAUAGAUUUUAUGUACAAAGCUUUAACAUGACUUAGUGCUGUUAUAAGCAUUUAAUUCAUGUUUUAAUUAACCAUUUUUUUUAAUGUUAUUCAGGUUAAUAAAGUCAAGGGUUUAUAUAACAGUUGAAUGUUUCAAGUAACUGUAAAUAACUGUCUUUAGUUCACAUUUGUGACAUUCAUUUCCCUUAAAUGACACUUAAUUUGAAUUCAUGUAAAAUAGAAACUAAAUAGUCAUCGUAAUAACUAGAGUUAAGCACACUGUAUCUUUGUCAAUGCUCCUUGUGACCUUCAUUGUAAAAUAAAUGGAAAUGUGUGGGAGUAUGGAACAAUAAUCAUUACUUAACUAUAAUUAAGCACUACUUAAGCGUACUUUACCCGUUUUAUUAAUGCUCCUUGUGACCCUUAUUGUAAAACUUUAACCCUUCUGUUGUCAUCGGCGACAGGAUUUUGGUAUACGUACAGCUCAUUAACACCGUUUGUGAGAUCUAGAAUAGCAGAGAAAUAGAGCUGUAAUUGUGCUCCAUAUACUUAUCAUUACCGUAGAACCUCAGGACCUCCGCUGCAGAAAGAGCGUCCAAUUACAGAUGAGAUUCACCAGCGUGUCGUUCAAUAACUGCCAGAUAUGGAAAGUGGAAGUUAUCUUGGAAAAAGGAAAGAAAGAAUUUUGUUUUGACAAUUCUACAGCCAUAAAAUCUAAAGAAAUACAGAUUAUCACGAUGCUUUCCUUCAACUUUGACGUCAUAAGGAGUACAGAAACAGCAUCACUUAACUAUAAUCAAGCGUUUAUUCCACUUUAUGGUUUUUUUGUGACUCUUAUUGUUAAGUGGGAAACAAAUGCUUAGCAUGGAGUUCACGUUGGUUAUUCUGGACGAUGCAAACGGAGCAGAUAGCAUGACGGAAAUCAAGCAAAAACGCGUAUUUGCUGGAGUUUAAAAACAUUCUAAAGAUUCGCCCAGGUUUAUGUUUUUAAACUCCAGCAAAUUGGCCAUACGUUACACGCCCAAUGUGAAAUUCAAGUCUUUGCGUUGAGUUUUGUACGCUAUUUUUCGCCAUGCGGAAGAUUGUUGCCUCUGUUUUUAAAGCAGCAUUUGUGUCGCAAGAAGAAGUCAUGAAAGUCAUAGGCUACAUUACCGGGUUUAUAACAAGGAGCAUUAAUAAAGGAUAAUAAAUGCUUAAAUUAUGGUUAAGUAGUUAUUUCUUAAGUAUUUCCACAAUCUGUUAACAGCAGCUUGAUUAAUCCUUGGAUAAUCUAUGAAUUAACACCUUAAUUAACCUGAAAAACAUGACUAAAUGUUAGGUUUGACCGUUAAUUAACAGUUGAGGUUAAUUAAUGUGCACACGUAGUAAAAAUGUUAGCGAAUUCUGCGUCGCCGAUGUUAUUAUAUUAAACAUUUAUCUUUAUGUGUAACAGAUGUGAUUGUUUAUCGUGCAGGGGCCUUAAUCUGAGAUUAUACUGAAGCGUAAUAAAUGUCAAUCAUUUACAAGAUACAGCUGAUAUCGCAAUAAUAUCGUGUCAUCGUGCGAAUCCCACCCCCGAAUAUGUAUAUAUUAAAGUAUUAAAGUAAACAGAAAAGAGAAAAUAUUUAUUGUGACCUACAUGGACUCUAGAAGCUUUUAUUGUGAAGUUCUUUUCUUUUCAUGUUCAUAUUUUAUGUAUUUUUAUGGUUUAAUUUACACAAAAAAAAAAGUCAUUAAGGCAACAGAACUAAGACUUUUGCACAGUAGUGUACAUUUUUAAUUUCUCUUCAAAGUGAACAAUGAUCUGGCUGUUUUUUAACUUUCACUGCACUGUACUGAUGAUGAUGAUGAUUCUUUUUUUAAUUUAUUUUAUUUACUUCCUGCUGUUCACGUCUUUAUUAUUAAUGAUGAUAAUAAUUGUACUGAGCGACACUGAUGAGACAACAGUGAUCUGACUGAUCUUUGCACAACACUCCAUGUUCUUUAUGCUCAAAUUAAACUUCUAUAACAGA